UCUUUUUGUUGAUGUAGAGGAAUCCACGUGAUUUUUCUAUGUUUAUCUUAUAACCUGAGACUCUGCCAAACUAUUAGUUUCAGUAGUUUUCUGGAGGAUUCGUUGGGGUUUUCUGUGUAUAAGAUCGUGUCAUCUGCAAAUAGAGAUAAUUUUACUUCCUCUUUGCCAAUCUGGAUGCCCUUUAUUUCUUUGUCUAGCCUAAUUGCUCUGGCUAGGACUUCUAGCACAAUGUUGAAUAAGAGCAGUGAUAAAGGGCACCCUUGUCUGGUUCCCGUUCUCAAGGGAAAUGCUUUCAGGUUCUCUCCAUUUAGAGUGAUGUUGGGCUGCAGCCAUUUUUGAAUGAUCUUUAGCAAAAUUUUGCUUGUGUGUGAUAUUGAUGAUAAAAUUGUUCUGUAAUUUCCACAUUCGGUUUUCUUGGGAAUAGGCAUGAAUAUGGAUCUCUUCCAGUCAGUUGGCCAGGAAGCUGUCUUCCAUAUUUCUUGGCACAGAUGAGUGAGCACCUCCAGCGCUACAUCUGUUUGUUGAAACAUCUUGAUAUUCCAUCUAUUCCUGGAGCCUUGUUUUUCGCCAGUGCCUUCAGAGCAGCUUGGACUUCUUCGUUCAGUACCAUCGGUUCCUGAUCAUAUGCCACCGCCUGAAAUGGUUGAAUAUCUACUAAUUCUUUUUGGUAUAAUGACUCUGUGUUCCUUCCAUCUUCUUUUGAUGCUUCCUGUGUCGUUUAAUAUUUUCCCCAUAGAAUCCUUCACUAUUGCAACUCAAGGCAUGAAGUUUUUCUUCAGUUCUUUCAGCUUGAGAAAUGCUGAGUGUGUUCUUCCCGUGGGUUUUCCAUCUCCAGCUUUUUGCACGUCAUUAUAAUGCUUUACUUUGUCUUCUCGAGCUGCCUUUUGAAACUUCUGUUCAGUUCUUUUAGUUCAUCAAUUCUUCCUUUUGCUUUAGCUGCUCGACAUUCAAGAGUAAGUUUCAGAGUGUCCUGUGACAUCCAUCUUGAUCUUUUCUUUCUUUCCUGUCUUUUCAGUGACCUUUUGCUUUCUUCAUGUAUGAUGUCCUUGAUGUCAUUCCACAACUCGUCUGGGCUUCGGUUACUAGUAUUCAAUGCGUCAAAUCUAUUCUUGAGAUGGUCUCUAAAUUCGGCUGGGAUAUACUCAAGGUCAUAUUUUGGCUCUCGUGGACUUGCUCUGAUUUUCUUCAGUUUCAGCUUGGACUUGCAUAUGAGCAAUUGAUGGUCUGUUCCAUAGUCGGUCCCUGGCCUUGUUCUGACUGAUGAUAUUGAGCUUUUCCAUCGUCUUUUUCCACAGAUGUAGUCAGUUUGAUUUCUGUGUGUUCCAUCUGGUGAGGUCCAUGUGUGUAGUCACCGUUUAUGUUGGUGAAAGAAGGUAUUUGCAAUGAAGAAGUCGUUGGUCUUGCAGAAUCCUAUCACUCGAUCUCCAGCAUUGUAUCUAUCACCAAGGCCUUAUUAUCUAAGAAGAAAAAUCUUUCUGCACCUUAGAUCCUGUAUUUUCCAAUGUAUCAUAACUUUAAGUUCUUUUCUUACUAAAAAUACUGUUUUCUUUUCACCAUAGAAAAGUUAGACUGUUAAAAAAAAUUAAGCCGUUAAUUAUUACCUUAACUUUUAAUAGAAGAACAAUAACUUCAGUGGAAGAGACUGGUAAAGAUUUAGAGAAGGACUCAAUACUAACCCUUCUACCAACUCUCAUUCCUGCCCCAGGCCCAGUGCCAAUGCCUAGAAUUUUUUAGUUAGUUCUGGUAGUGUAGUGGUUAAGAGCUCGGCUGCUAACCAAAAGGUCGGCAGUUCGAAUCCUCCAGCCGCUCCUUGGCAAACCUGUAGGGGUAGUUGUGCCCUGUCCUGUAGGGCCGCUAUGAGUUGGAAUCAACUCAGUUGCAGUGGGCUUCCUUGGAUUAGAUCAGUACUUCUCAAAUUUGUGCUCACAUAUUCUCUUCAGAGGCAAAGGAAGCCCAAAGGUGUGGAAGUGUGGCUUGAGACUUCAAAAUAUUUGUGUUUUUUUCUUUCAGAAUUCUAGGCAGUUCUGCAUUGUCCUCCGUUAGGUUGUUACUCUGGCUGUGAUAGGUGUUUUCCAGGAAUGCCCACCAUGCUCAUUCUGUGGUUUUGUGUGCCACAGAGCUGAGUACCACAGCCUGGGAAGCAGAGUUAGAAUUUUUUCUUUGGUUUAUUCAUUCAUAAGAUAUUCAUUGAGGACCUGCUUUAUGCCAGACACUGUGCAGGUGAUACACACAAGUCCCCGUCCUUACGGGCCUGUGGUAGUAAAGACAUAAAAAUCAUGUGUAGUGAGGUAUGGUAAGUAUGGCGGUGCCCAUACAGACAGUGCCAAGGAGAUAGUAACUGUCUUGAGAUCAGAGACAGCCCCUGAAAUAGGUGGAUUUGAGCUGAAUUUUGAAGGACUAAAAGCCUGCAAAAUAGUGUUAAAUCACAGUUUUUUAAAAGUGUGGCUUACAAAGCAUUGUAUAAUGAGUAUGUGUCAAAAAUGUAUUUAACUCGUUAAUGAAGGAACCAGCAAGAUGGUAAAGUUGGUUCAAAGUAAUAUCAUAGAGACCAAAGUAUAUGUAGUCAAUGAAAGAAAAGAUACAAGAUUUCAAAGUUACCUCAAAUUGGCUGAUGGGGUUUCCACUUCUGUGUAAGAUAAACUAACUGGAUUGACCCUCCCAACUGAAACAGCAGAAAAGUUGGCAAAUAUAUGAAACAGAAGUUCUCAGGACUUUGAACAGUAGGCGUUGAAGGAGAGUGAUUUCUGAGAGACAGUAAACAAGGUAAGCCCUACAGUUUCCCCAUUUUACUGCCUGGAAGGACUUUACAGACCACAGCACGAGAAGGAAAAACCCUGGAGAGCCCAGCAGGCUCCCUAAGCUGAGGACAUGGAGCUAGGAGUCUGGGAAGAUCAAGGUAGUUAGGACAGAUUAUUAGAAUGUAGAGAGUUGCAGAGAGAGCUAGAGCGCCAGGUGGAGAUACACAGGGAUCCCCCUUCAGCCUUCUGUUAAUACCCAUCAACACAUGGGUGUGAGAAAACAACCCAAGGCUGAGGAGAGAGCUGCCCAGAAGAAUUAGAGCAAACAAUCUUAGAAGUUCAUACAGAACUAGGGAUAGCUCCUGUUGCCAUCACCCAGAACGGAUAGUUUUCAUAAUUCACAAGGCCUUGAGUAGAGUACUCAGAAAGGUUUUGCCUAUAUGUUGUUAGUUAUUAAUUGCUGUCAAGUCAGCUUGAGCUCACGGCAGCCCACGUACAACAAGAAGAUACUUUGCCCAGUCCUGCACCAUCUUCAUGAUCAUUGGUAUGUUUGAGUCCACUGUUGAGUGUCUUCCAACGUAGGGGGCAUGUCUUCCAGCAUGACACCUGGCAUUAUUCUGCUGUGAUCCAUAGGGAAUUCAUUGGCUAAUUUUCAGAAGUGCCUUUCUUCUAAGUCUGCAGUCUGGAAGCUCCCUGAUACCUGUCCACCAAAGGUGACCCUGCUGGUAUUUGAAAUACCGGUGGUAUAGCUUCCAGCGUCACAGCAACACACAAGACAUCACAGUAUGACAGACUGACAGAUAAGUGGUAGUUUGCCUCAAUUAAAACCCAUGGGGUUUCCAAGGUUGUAAUCUUUACGGAAGCAGACAGCCACAUCUUUCUCCUUGCAGAGCAGAUGGUGGGUUCAAACUGCCGACCUUUCGGUUAGCAUCCAAGGGCUUAAGCACUGUGCCACGCCACCAGGGCUCCCUUUGCCUCAACAAACCAAAAAAAAAAAAAAAAAACCAUUGCUGUUGAGUUGAUUCCAACUCAUAGUGACCCUGUAGGACAGAGCAGAACUGCCCCGUAGGAUUUCCAAGGAGUGACUGGUGGAUUUGAAUUGCUGACCUUUUUGGUUAGUAGCUGAGCUCUUAAUCACUGCACCACCCGGCCUCAUUUGCCUCAGUAAAUGAGGCAAAAUUAACAAGAGACUAAAAGCAGCUUCCACCACUUAUCUGUGGUUUGUCGUACUGUGGUGGCUUACAUAUUACUGUGAUUUUGGAAGCUGUGCCACCAGUAUUUCAAACACCAAUGGGGUUAUCCAUGGUGGACAGGUUUCAGUGGAGCUUCCACGCUAAGACAGACUCAGAGAAAGGGCUGGCAACCUCCUUCCAGAAGUUAAGUAUUAAAAAUCUUGUGGCACACAUUGACUCACUUGGUUUGGACUCAUCAUCAGGAGGGAUCAAUUUCUGGAGGAGGACUUCUGUUUGGUGAAGUAAAAGGCCAACAAGGGCGAGGGAGAAAUGGACUGACACAGUGUCCACAAUGAUGGGCUUGAGCUUGCUGGUGAUUGUGAGGAUGAUGCAGGUCUGGGCAGCAUUAUUACAUUCUGUUGGACACGGGAGUUGACUUGACAGCAGCUAACGGUAAAUGCAGCUUUGGUGCUGCCUGCCAGAGCCUGAAAAGGAAGAUCCACAAGGCUCAUGGUGUUUCCAGGUUACUUAACUGCCUACCAGAAUAACACUAAAUAUUUAUAGGAAUACAAAAAAAAGAAGAAAAAAAUGUUUAUGGGAAUACAAAAAUAUCCAGCACCAUGCAAACUAAAAUCAAAGCAUUUGGUAUCCAGUCAAAAAUUACCACUCAUGCAAAAAAGCAGGAAAAUACCAACCAUAAUGAGAACAUCUGUCAGUUGAAACUGACCCAGAAAUGAUACAGAUAAUGAAAUUAGUAGACAAGGACAUCAAAACACUUGAUUAUUUUACAUGUUCAAACAGGAGGAAAUCGAGGAUUUUUUCCAACUUCUGAAGUCUGAAGUUGAUCAAAUAUCCAUUCAAGAUGCAUUGAUAAUUACUGGCAAUGGAAAUCCAAAUAUUGGAAACAGAAGAAGGAUCUGUAGUUGGAAAACACGGGAUUGGUGAUAGAAAUGACACUGGAAAUGGCAUGAUAGAGUUUCGCAAGACCAAGGACUUAGUCAUUGCAGAUAUCUUUUUUCAGCAAAAUAAACUGUGACUAUACAUGUGGACCUCACUAGAUGAACAACACAGGAAUCAAAUCGACUCCAUCUGUGGAAAGAGACAAUGGAGAAGCUCAAUAUCCGUCAGAACAGCGCCAGGGGCCAACUGUAGAACAGACCGUCAAUUGCUCAUAUACAAGUUCAGGUUGAAGCUGAAGAACAUUAGAACAGGUCCACAAGAGCCAAAGUACAACCUUGAGUAUAUCCCACCUGAGUUUAGAGACCAUCUCAAGAAUUGAUUUGAUACAUCGAACACUAAUGAUCAAAGACCAAAGACCAGACCAGACAUCAGGAACAUCAUACAUGAAGAAAGCAAGAGGUCGUUAAAAAGAUGGUAAAGAAAAGACCAAAAUCGAUGUCAGAAGAGACUCUGAAAGUCGUUCUUGAAUGUAGAGUAGCUAAAACAAAAGGAAGAAAUGAAGAAAUAAAAGAGCUGAACAGAAGAUUCCAAAGGGUGGCUUGAGAAGACAAAGUAUUAUCCUGAAAUGUGCAAAGACCUGGAGGUGGAAAACCAAAAGGGAAGAACAUGCUCUGCAUUUCUCAAGCUGUAAGAAAUGAAGAAAAAAUUCAAGCCUCGAGUUGCAGUAUUGAAGGAUUCUAUGAGCAAAAUAUUGAACGACACAAGAAGCGUCAAAAGAAGAUGGAAGGAGUACACAGUCACUGUACCAAAAAGAAUUGAUCGAUGUUCAACCAUUUUGGGAGGUAGCAUAUGAUCACGAACCAGUGGUACCGAAGGAAGAGAUCCAAGCUUCACCGAAGUUUUUGGCGAAAAACAACUUGGAAGUGACAGGAACAGCUUGGAAUCAGGAGCAGGGAUCACAGAGGAAGGCCUGGAAGGCUCCCCCAAAGUUGAGAGUGCAUCCCUCCCGUCAUCUCAGUGCAGGACAGCUUCCAGCCAGGACUGCUCUCUCAUUGGCUCUCUGCCAUCAGGCUUCCCGUUGGUCCGCCCCUCGCUGCUGGCUGGCUCAGCUCAAGGCCAGUGUAUCAGACCGCUCAGCUCUCUCAGCUGUUCUCCAUUGUCAGGCCUCGGUGCUGCUAACUGGCCUAGCUCACAGCCCAGCCAAUGCAGCAGCUUCAGUACUGCCCGUUUCCCACGUGGCUCUACUUCUCUGCCGGUUAGCUCUCAGCCAGCAUCUCUCAGCUGUAUCCUUUUUUGCCAGGCCUGGGAGGGACCUCUAUGUCCUGUCAACAAUGAGCCGUCUGAGGACCUCUUUGUUUCAGCUGUUUAUAUAUCCUAGCCCUCAUCUGGCCUCUCACCAGACCAGAGUUCAGCCAAUCCUGGGUUAACCACAAGAUGUUCAUCAACUAAGGUCUAGUACAAAAGUAAUAUUUUCUCCGUGCAGAGACUGGGUCCUCCCUGGGAGGUCCCCCAAACUGCUUCUCCAGAGAACUAGGGCAAAGGUAGCAACUCCUCAGGAAUUAGGGAGAAAAUCUUCCAAGCUGUUUUCCAAAGAAGCAAGGCAAGAAGGCCACAUGAAAGAACCCAUUGCACCACGGCAGGUAACCUCUGAAAACCAAAAAAGGCUAGGAAACAUUCUCUCCUGAAGCCUCCAGAAGGAACACAGCCCCACCAACGCCUUGAUUUUAGACUUCUUAACCCCAGAUCUGUAAGAGAAUAAAUGUGUUGAUUUAAGCCAGUAAAUGUGAUCAUCUGUUACAGCAGCGGUAGCAGGCUAAUAAAUGUGAUGACGUUGACACUCCACAAAGCUUUUAUGGAGCGCUUGCUACGUGACAGGCCCCAAAAUGUUCAUCAACAUCAUCAGGGUUCCGUUUUUCAAAGCCACCUUACCUCCAUAGGAAACCCAGAUGGCGUAGUGGUUAGGAGCUAUGGCUUCCAGCCAAGAGGUCGGCAGUUUGAAUCCACCAGGUGCUCCUUUGAAACCCUGCGGGGCGGUUCUGCUCUGUCCUGUAGGGUCAACUCAAUGGCAACGUGUUUUUGUUUUGUUUUGUUUUACCUCUGUACGUCUCUUUUAGAGCUAAAUCAGUUACUGCUUUUCAUUUUGGAUAGACCCUAAGUCAGGAUGGUUUUGGUUGCCAGUAAAAUAAUGGGAAUAUAUUGGUUCUGUUAACUGUGAAGCGCAGAGGUGGGCGCCUGUCAGGGCUCUGGCUCCAUUUCCUGUGCAUCUCCUGGCUCUGUCUUGCCUUUGUCAGCAUCCUCAGGCCAGUUUCCCCUUCUCAAGAUGACUACCAGGAACAAGCGGGGCUGUGUACUCUGACUGACAGGAAGAAGCCUGUGUUGAUUGAUUUAGGACACUCUCUGACUGGGAUUGGGGCCAGUCACACUCAAACUUCAUGGUUACUGUACUCCGUAGGGGGAGGGGAGUUUGAUUCUCCCAUGGAAAACCUGGCUGCUGUCAGAAUGGGGAAUGGGUGUUGGUAAACAGUCAAGGAGUGUCUGCUGUACCCAGCAAAAGGUACAUCGUAAUAGUAGCUAACAGUGUUUUUAAUUCGUGUAAUGCUUAAGUGAUAAAAUCUGUAGUCCCGGUUUUAUUUAUGUAUAUCAUCAUCAAAAGUUCUGAUGUGUCUACUGUUUUACGUGUCAUUCAGAGAUAUUUCAGAGAAACUCUGGAUGUUCAUAGCCUUAGGUGAUGUAUUUCCUGUGUUGCAGCUCGGUACUGUGAUCAGUGCACAAGCGACAGUUUGGGGACCUCCUUCACCAACCUGUGAGGAUUUCUCCCGCUCUGUUUUUUGCAGAAUGGAAACAGACUGCAAUCCCAUGGAGCUAAGCAGUAUGUCAGGAUUUGAAGAAGAUUCAGAGCUCAAUGGUUUCGAAGGAACCGAUAUGAAAGACAUGCGGCUGGAAGCUGAGGCAGUUGUCAACGAUGUUCUCUUUGCUGUCAGUAACAUGUUUGUCUCGAAAAGCCUGCGCUGUGCGGACAACGUUGCCUACAUCAACGUGGAGACCAGGGAGGGGAGCCGGUACUGCCUGGAGCUCACUGAAGCUGGGCUGAGGGUGGUCGGUUACGCUUUUGACCAGGUGGACGAUGACUUGCAGACUCCCUACCACGAAACCGUCUACUCCUUGCUGGACUCCCUUAGCCCUGCCUACCGGGAGGCGUUUGGGAAUGCACUCCUUCAAAGACUGGAAGCUUUGAAAAGGGACGGGCAGUCCUGACCAAGCUUUCCUUCUAGGGGAGGCUGCUGCUGGUACAGAACGUGGGUGCAAAGCUUGAAAUCCCUGCGUCUGAUCGUACUAGAGAACACAUCUUUGCUUUUGUCUUGAUCACUUCUUGCUUCAGAUUUAGGCUUUUGCCUCAGAACAGUAUUGAUUAAAGGAUUAUCUUUGUUAACAUCUGAUUCGUUAAGGGAAUUCUGAGGCCACUGCUGUGAAACCAUCGCCAAGAUGUUAGUGUUGCUUCAUCUAGUAUCCCUGCAUUUCAAACCUCAGUCAGUCUCUCAUUCCUUUGUCACAGGGCUUUGAUGCUGCCAGCACUGUCUUUCACACAGGAAGUUAGAGAUUUGCACAGAAAUGUUGAAAUUAUAAUUGCCUAACUUCAGGCUUUGAUUCAGCUUGCUAAAUCAGGGGUUUACUACUAGCUUGGACUGACUUUGUAGUCAUUAUUUUGCUACUGGCCUUAUUGGAAACGUAUCAACUAGUUUCCCCGCACAAGUUUUGAAAUUUACUGCUCCCCGUAAACUCUAUAUUACUAAUAGGGGUUGAUAAAGGCAAAUGAAUAUUACUUAGCUAGUGUGAAAUGAAAAGUGGGCACUGAAACACUUCUGUAUUCCUUACUUGCAGCAGUCAGCCAGCUAAGCAGAGGAUAAACGGUUAGCAAAUGAAUGUAGUAGUUAACUUGUUUCCAAGAUUUCUAAGCACAUAAGUAAAUACAGGAACAGAUUCCAUUCUUCAACAAAACGCAUCUUCAACCUGUGUGAUUUAGAAGAAGGAAGAUUCUGGUUUCCUGGAACAAUACUUUGGCCUGUGUUGAUUCUUAUUCUGAAUGUUUGUUCACAAUGUACAGUAUAUAUCAAAGUAUUUUUGCUUCAACGUUUCCUUUCUAUAACGUAGUGCUUUGGUAUUCCCACCCGGCUCCUCCUUCCCCAGCAGAUGUACACUGUUCCCUCAGUGCUAAGUCUACCAUGUAGCAUGAGUGCAUUGCAUAGGUUUGAAACCAAAGGAUGAAUGAAGCGUUCAGAGACUUAAAUAUUUAAAAAAUGGAAACUGUAUUUUAUAUUUUAUUACUGGUACUAAUGUUGGUAAACUUGGUGAACUGCACUGUGCUGCUCCGUGUUCUCAAGUACACGUUGAAUAGUGAUGACUGGGGAGUCGCUUUUCUAGUGGUCAUCUGAAGCAGCGGCUGGAGAAACGCUCACUGAAAGUCUGCGUCUGGACACACCUUCCUAAAUUUCUCAUGUGCGGACUUUCUUGUCAUUAUUAAAAACUAGGUAUUUUUAGGCCCUGAAGAUCAUGUACACCAGAGCAGAUUAAAGUUCAGUCUGCAACACUCCUCAUCCUCAGAUGUCACUGCAGUGCUUUGAUUAUGUCUGUCACGCCCGCUCAUUCUCAGCCUUACUUGCAGAUGCGGAACUGAGGAGCAAAGUCCGACUUCAGGUUGAACUUUCUCGUGCUAAAUCUCAGGCUAAAUGUAAAGGAUAAUUGUAAAGUUUGAAUAAAACUUGUUUACUCA